GCUCCGCCUCUCCUUGGAAUGGCUGGGACGCUGCGGAGGGAGCGGGAGGCUACACAGACCCCAAGCCUGGAGCUGCUAGCGCUCUCUUUCAGUUCCUUGGCCAGCAGCCGUGGCCUUGGUGGCAUCACAGCCCGGUGGUCAAUCCAGGGUUUCUCCCCUCCAUGCAGUCCACAGCCGCUACUACUGAAGGUAUUAGCAGCCCCCACUAUGGGGUCUACACACUCCCCACUUUCAAGUUCCAGCCUCGCAAUGAGAGCCUAGACUGGAGGCGUAUUAGCGCCCUGGAUGUGGACCGUGUGGCUCGGGAGCUGGAUGUGGCCACUCUGCAGGAGAACAUUGCUGGCGUCACCUUCUGCAAUUUGGACCGGGAGGUGUGCAGCCGCUGUGGGCACCCUGUGGACGUGGUGCUGCUCAAGGUGCUGCGCCUGGCACAGCUCAUCAUAGAGUACCUGCUGCACUGCCAGGACUGCCUGAGUGCCAGCGUUGCCCAGCUGGAGGCACGGCUGCAGGCCAGCCUGGGCCAGCAGCAGCGGGGCCAGCAGGAGCUGGGCCGCCAGGCUGAUGAGCUCAAGGGAGUGCGGGAGGAGAGUCGCCGACGUCGCAAGAUGAUCAGCACCCUGCAGCAGCUGCUGAUGCAGACAGGCGCCCACAGCUACCACACGUGCCACUUAUGUGACAAGACAUUCAUGAAUGCCACUUUCCUCCGGGGUCACAUCCAGCGCAGGCAUGCAGGAGUGGCAGAAGGAGCCCCAGGAAAACAGAAGCAAGAGAAGCCUGUGGAGGAGGUGUUGGAAGAGCUACAGGCCAAGCUAAAAUGGACCCAAGGGGAGCUGGAAGCUCAGAGGGAAGCUGAGAGGCAGCGGCAGCUCCAGGAAGCAGAGUUCACUCGUCAGAGAGAAAUAGAAGCUAAGAAGCACUUUGAUGAAUGGAAAGAAAAAGAGCGGACCAAGCUUUAUGGGGAAAUAGACAAGCUAAAGCAAUUAUUUUGGGAUGAAUUUAAAACCGUUGCCAACCAGAACUCUACGCUAGAAGAGAAACUGCAGGCGCUGCGGUCUCACAGUGCAACAGAAUCCCACCUCGGAUCGCUGCGGGAUGAGGAGUCAGAGGAGCGACUCAGGCAGGCGCAGGAACUCCAGGCCCUGAGAGAGAAGAUGGAGAUUCAGAAUACAGAGUGGAAGAGAAAAAUGAAGAAACUGCAGGAAGAGCGUAUGGCUGAGAGGAGAGAGCUGCAGGAGGAGAAUGAGAGGCUCCAGGCCUCCCUGUCUCAGGACCAGAGGAAGGCAGCCGCCCAGUCUCAGCGCCAGAUCAAUUCCCUCCGGGCCCAACUACAGGAACAAGCCAGGCUCAUUGCCUCCCAGGAGGAGAUGAUCCAGACCUUGUCCCUCAGGAAGGUGGAGAGGACCCAAGAGGUGCCAAAGGCUGUGGACACAGAGGAGGACUCUCCUGAGGAAGAGCUAGAAGACUCCCCACGAGAGCAGCAGAAGGUACUGGCAGCUCUGAGGCAAAACCCUUCCUUGCUGAAGCAGUUCCGGCCCAUCCUGGAGGACACCCUGCAAGAGAAGAUGGAAGACAUGGGGAUAAAGAGGGAUGCAAAGGGAAUCUCAGUUCAGACCUUCAAACACCUGGAGUCCCUACUGAGAGCCCAGCGGGAGCAGAGGGCCCGGAAGUUUUCUGCAUUUCUGAGCCUGAGGGAAAAGCUUGUGAAGGAAACCAUCCGCAGAGUGAAGGAGAGACAGACGGAGGCUUCCAUGUUUCAUCAGGAUGGUCAGCCUCCAGUCAAAAUCCAGCAGAGCCCACUGGAUACCGGAAAGGCCCAGCCAAAGACCAGGACCCUGCACAUGGUGUUGCCAUCCAAGCUGGCAGAGCCACCCACACCAACCCUUCAGAAGCGCAGCAGCCGUGGCCUUGGCCUGGCCCAGGUGUCCACCCCUACUCCACGCCCCAGGCUACACAAACCCUCCAGCAUCCCUGCUUCUCCAGGGCCCGGGUUGAGUAGCACGCCCCCAUUCAGUUCUGAAGAGGAGUUGGAGGGGGACACUGGGCAUCACGUGCCUCUCCAGCCUCCACAGACUCCUUCCAGGACAGUGCCCAAGCUGGAGGACUCCUGGGACUGGUCUGACACUGAGACCUCAGAGGAGAAUGCCCAGUCCCCUGGCAAGAACUCAGGUGGCCUGGCUUCCUCAGGAACGCUGGUCCAGUCGAUGGUCAAAAACCUUGAGAAGCAGCUUGAGACUCCUGCAAAGAAGCCUGCUGGAGGGGUCARUCUGUUCUCGAGGUCCAACACAGGGCUGCAGAGGGCUUCCAYGCCAAGAGGGAAGCCUCAGCUUUCUGAAGAUGAGAGCGACUUAGAGAUCUCUUCCUUGGAAGAUCUUCCCCAGGACCUGGACCAAAGAGAGAAACCAAAGCCCUUGUCCUGCUCAAAGCCACCAGAGAAGUCUGAUGCCGGUCCUUGGAGCACUGGCAGACCCAGGGUUUCUGGCUGGUGAUCCUGACCAGAGCCUGGCUGGCAAGAAAACCAGCCUUGUCACCUGGCUGAAGCCAGCUUGGGUCCUACCUCAACAAAAGAGGCUGCUGCUAGGUCUCUUGCCUUUACUAGCUACUAAGAGGUCUUCCCUUCAGAGAGAAACAGAAUAGGGGACAGAUAUGAUCUUCCCUUUUCUACCUGUGAGGUGCCCUGCCCUAGAGGGCCAGAGGUGUUUGGUAGGGUUCCCUGAAUCCCAGGGCUUGAGAAAGCAUUAUAACAAGGCCUCCCGGUAGUUUCUUCCCUCUAUUUUCAUGUCAACUCCAAACUGAAAGGGGUCAUCCAGUCACUCUUCCUAAGCCUUUUAUAAAUCUGCAGGAUCACUGUGGAGAUGGGUCCUAUAUAGGGUCCUUAUGCCUGUCAAUGAUUGACCCAGAGUCACUUAUUGAGCACCCUACUAUAUGCUGGGUUCUCCAGCUGCUCACAGCUGAUUUGGGGCACAGCAGAAGUAGGUAGGCAGAAUAUCUACAGCCAGGACCAGCAUGGGAUGGUUAUCUAGUGGCAGAGAUUAGGRUGUUAUAGGAGCAUAGAAGAGGCUACCCAACCCAUCCUGGGGUGAUCUUGGAGAACUUCCCGGGAUUGUGWUAUCUAGUAGGACCAGCAUAUGGGUGAGAUGAAAGGAGAACCCUGACAGGGGCUUCAUUUCCCCAAGGGACCACAAAUUAAAUUUUUUGAUAACAUUCCCAAAUCACAUUAUAUACA